GACCUACACUGUACAUCAUUUGGCCACAAAAAUAGAUGUAAAAGAUACCGAAGUAUAAAUACCCGUUAAAACCGCUUGAAAUUACAUACAUCAUGUAUGAUUACAGAAAUGUACAAGUCUACUCGAGUCUUCUUUCUUCAAGUCAGGAAAAGUUAAAAAUAAAAUCCACCAUAUUGAUGACGUAUUAUAUUAAGUGCGUAGUUGUAAAUAAUGACGUCAACUACCGUCUGCCUGUGUCUGAAGGUCGCCAUGUCAGAGAAUAUUUACAAGACACGAGAGAAGUAUUUUAUGACAAAAUGAAAUACAUCUUAGCUUUCCUGUGUUGGACUCUGAUUGCGCUGUCGGAACAGUCCGUGGACUUAAAUCUUCGCCAGCUGCAGUUCGUGUCGGAUCAUCUGACACCAAAGGAGUGCGAUGAGCUGGCCCUGGCUUUGACAGAGACCGGCGUACAGGUGAUUCCCCCCGUUCACGAGAAAUCAGCACAACAUGAGAAGCCCUGUCUCGUCAUGCUGACCGACUGGUCGAGAGGGAAGGGCCAGAACCAGACGGUGGACGAGUUGGCGCUGCGCCUGCACGAGAUUGGUCGACCCGACGUCGCCCAGCGCCUGUCCAAGGCCGUGUACGGCGAAACCAACUUCCAGCUGCACCGAUUCUUCUUGGACGACCCUUUCAAAGAGUCCGCCCACAAGCCGUCCAUUCUGCUGGAAGAAGAUGAUCUGUCACCGGAAGCGGCGGCCAAGGCCCGUCACCGUGCUAUUAGCGUGCAGUUGACUACUUCCGAUCCAAAGUUCCUGCAUGUCACCGUAGUGGUCACCACGCUCACCUUGCUCAUCUUCAUUGCCAUUGUCAGCAUGAUGUACAUCCCUAAGUUCACCAGCGACAUGUGUCCGAGUUGCUUUGUCGCCACCUUCGCGGUGAUGAAGGACAGGCUGGGUGACCGGAUGCAAGCCUGCAAGAAGAUGCUGGGUAUUCGUGAGUCACGCCAGAAGCCCAGCAGGGGAUCUGACCAGGCUACCCAAGAGGAGAAGGAGCGCCUAGUGCAUGAGAUCUUGAUCUACUAAACCUACAUGGUCAUCCAGAAUGAUUUUGUGGGCAAUUAUGGACCUUUGAACUGCUUUAAACUGCCGAUGACAGAGGCAGGAGACUGUUUAGCUUCAGAUUUGAAUUUAAUAGGUCCAAACUGUUUUCAUUGUUAAAACAUUACAUUCUUUGUAAUUUGAGUUGACAGCAAGGACCAAGCUGUUUUGAAUGUUGUGCUACAUCUAAAACUUUAUUUGUGCUGUUAGUUUAAUACAGACAAAAAAAAAAAACAGUUUGCUGUGCUACGUCAGCUGAUUAAAAGAAACGUUUGUUGAAU